AUGCGAGCGGUCUGCCGAACCCGUCCAUUUCCAUCCAUAUGGCCCUCCUUCCUCUCCAUCCCACGGGUUCGGCGCGGGCUCUCCACAAUAGCAAAGAUAGAAGGGCCUCGUGAGCCUCCUCUCCUUGAAGAAACGGUAGGCGAGCACUUUGCGCAAAUCGUAUCUGCUCAUGGCGAUCGUCAUGCUGUCAUAUCCAGACAUCAGCAAAAUCGCCUGACAUACUCUCAAUUGGAUCUUGACAGCAACGUUCUGGCUAGAGGACUACAAAGCUUGGGGGUCAAGAAGGGUGACCGCGUGUGUGUAUCGUUGGGCAACAACUUGGAAUUUGCGACCAUCACAUACGCCUUGUUCAAACUUGGAGCUAUACUUGUGCCGCUCAACCCAGCAUUCUCAGCGUCCCAGAUCAUUUCAGCGUUCAACCAUUUGUCUGCCACACAUCUGGUCAUCGGAACAGAGACCAAUCUCCCUUACAAGCCGCCCAGGUCCAAUGUGUCACUCCUGCAGUCUAUCGUGCCAGAUCUAUCGAGUGCAACGCUAGCUUCAGAAGCAAUUCCUUCGUUGAAGAAUAUCAUCCUCGUGGACAAUUCAGCAGGUCGCAUUGAUCCGGCCCCGUUUCGUGCGACUACUCCAUGGUCCGCGCUCUCUCAGGACUCAGAUGAUCGACCUCCUGUCCCCUCAUCUCCGCUGUCGAAUCAUGAGGUGGUUAAUAUCCAAUUCACGUCGGGAACUACGGCCAUGCCCAAGGCGGCGUGUCUGACCCAUCGUUCUAUACUCAACAAUGGCAAGCAAAUAGGGGACCGGAUGCUACUGACCCCUUUCGAUAUCGUCUGCUGCCCACCGCCUCUCUUCCACUGUUUUGGUUGCAUUCUCGGCUACAUGGCAACAGCUACUCACGGUUCCGCCAUACUCUUUCCUAAGGAAGCGUUUGAUCCGACGGCCACGCUCAAAGCUGUACAGGAAGACAAGGCCACGGCGCUCUAUGGAGUGCCGACCAUGUUUCUAGCCGAACUUGAGCUUCUCGACGAUGAAAAGGUGGCGUACGAAGGCUUUGAGCAUCUGCGGACGGGUAUAGCCUCGGGUUCGUCCAUUCCUUCCGAACUGAUGCGGAAGUUACACAAAACGCUCAACCUGACCGAGUUGACCAUUUGCUAUGGAAUGACCGAAACCUCUCCCGUCUCUGCGAUGACGACUACGGACGAUCCAAUCGACAAGCGGAUCAAUACAGUUGGUCGACUUCUGCCACACACGCACGCCAAGGUCGUCGACCCAUUCGAUCCGGAUAGAAUUCUCAAGAGAGGCGAACGGGGCGAGCUCGCCGUUCAUGGGUACCUGGUCAUGAAGGAGUAUUGGGGCCAGCCAGACAAGACAGCCGAGGCCCUGAAAGCCGACGAGGACGGAAAGGUGUGGAUGCACACAGGGGAUGAAGCCUCCAUCGAUGAAGACGGCUACGUCAGCAUCACAGGUCGCAUCAAGGACUUGAUCAUCCGCGGCGGCGAGAACAUCCACCCUCUCGAGAUUGAGAAUUGCCUCUUUGCAAACGACAAAAUCGCCGAAGUCAGUGUUGUCGGGCUUCCUGACGAGAGGUACGGCGAAGUCGUGGCUGCCUUCAUUAUCCGCAGACACCAUCUGCCACAGGGCGAAACACCUAUAACGGCUGAAGAGGUGAGAAGCUGGGUUAAGAAACGCAUGAGCCAUCACCUGGUACCAAAAUAUGUCUUCUUUGUGGACGAAUAUCCAAAGACGGCGAGUGGAAAGAUCCAGAAAUACAAGCUGCGGGAAACAGGCACUCGUCUUCUCCAGGAGGGAGGUGGCCAGAGCUAG